AUGCUCCCUCCACAGUCCUACAUCAACAUCUCCUUCUUCCAGCCACCUGCUUUUCUCAUGAUUGGCAUCCCAGGGCUGGAGGCCAUUCACGGGUGGCUCGCCAUCCCCUUCUCCUCAAUGUACACUGUGGCCCUCACUGGAAACUGCCUGAUCCUCCUGGCUGUGAAGAGGACCCCCAGCUUGCACCAGCCCAUGUACUGCUUCCUGUCCAUGCUGGCGCUUACUGAUGCGGGCCUCACCUUGUCCACACUGCCCACCACCCUGGCUGUGCUCUGGUUUGACUAUCGGCUGAUUGGUUUCAAUGCCUGCCUGGCCCAGAUGUUCUUCCUGCACUCCUUCUCUGUGGUGGAGUCCUCAGUGCUCCUGGCCAUGUCCUUUGACCGCUUUGUGGCCAUCUCCAACCCCCUGCGCUAUGCAGCUGUCCUUACAAAUAAUGUCAUCAUCAGGAUUGGGCUGGCCAUUGUGGCUCGAGCUACCUUGUGCCUCUUCCCUGUGCCAUUUUUGAUUAAGCGUCUAAAUUUCUGCCCUGGCAAUAACAUCUUGUCCCACUCGUUCUGUUUCCACCCUGAUGUGAUGAGGUGGGCCUGCGCCGACAUCACAAUCAAUAUAUGCUAUGGGCUCUAUGUGGUUGUAUCUACAGGGGGCAUAGACUCCCUGCUCAUCAUCCUGUCCUAUACCUUCAUCCUGCGGACAGUCAUGGGUCUGGCCUCUCCCAGGGAGCGCAUCCGGGCCCUCAGCACCUGUGUUUCCCACAUCCUGGCUGUCUUUGUCUUCUUCGUUCCAUGUAUCACCAUGUCCAUGAUGCACCGUUUUGGGAGGCACCUGCCCCACAUUGUACAUGCUCUUGUUGCCUAUGCGUACCUGGUGAUACCUCCUGUGCUCAACCCCAUCAUUUACAGUGUGAAGUCCAAGCCCAUCAGGGAGGCCAUGCUCAGGAUGCUGAGGAAGAGAGGCCAAGGCUGA